AUGGCUGUUCGGGGAUUUAUUACAGCCUUUAGAAAUAUUGACACUGACCACGACGACGUCAUUUCUCAUGAAGAUUUAUGGAAAUAUGCCCGUGAAAAAGAUAUGCCCGAGGCCUUCGUUAAUGUAAGUGGUCUGUCACAUUUGACUGAGUUUGGGAAACAAUCAGAGCCCCUUAUUUUUAAUAUGACAAAUUAA